AUGUUCGGGUUUGUCGCUGACGGCUUGACCGUCGCAACCACCGUCUUCUUCCCCAUAUUCGCAUCCUACAAAGCCUUGCACACGUCAGACCCGGCACUCCUCGCACCAUGGCUGAUCUACUUCGUCGUCCUCUCAGCCUUUACCGCGGUCGAAAACACGUUCGACUUCAUACUUAGUUGGGUCCCUUUUUACUCAUGGAUCCGCUUCUUCGCACAUCUAUACCUGAUUCUGCCUGGUUCGCAGGGAGCCAACUAUCUCUAUCAAGAAUACAUGGAGCCAUUCCUGUACCACCACGAGAGAGAAAUUGAUGAGUUCAUAAGCCAGAGCCAUGACCGAGCUAAAUCGGCGGGAAUGGCAUACGUGGAGAUGGGAAUUGAAUGGGUCAGGGUCAACUUGCUGGGCUUCGCACCGAAGAAGCCUCAAUCGCCCAGACCCGAUGGACAAACAUAUGCACAGAAUCUGAUGAGCAGGUUCCAAAUGCCAUCGGCAAGGGGCAGCAACGAUCUAUACGGAUUAGUGAACCAAGCACUCAGCGGAGCCAGUGCACUCUACGGUGCUGGCGCUGCGGGUGGUGCUGGUGCGAGUAGUGCAGGAACUCGAGACGCCCGAGCUACAGACCUGAGCCGCGGUGCAGCGAACCUUGUUCCAGACAACAUCCGCAACAACGCCGACCGAAUGAGCUACGUCACUUCGCAACGUGAGCGCCUCGAGACGCUCCUCCAAGCCUUUACACGCGAGCAAGAGAACAUACAAUCGCAGCAAACUGGCGGACAUGUAUAUCACGAUGGUGCGAGCAGCGGAAGCCGCUCGGGCACUAUUUCGCGCAACAGGAGCGAGGUCGAGUUUGACAGGAUUGAGCGCGACGAACUGAGCUCUGGCUCUGAUCGGCCUCCUUACCCCCUCACGCCUCCCCCGCUAGACCGACGGACAAGCAGCGGAUGGAUGCCUUGGAACUGGCAGCGUCAGGAGCAGCAGGAAGAUCCUCUGGCAUAUGGACGAGAGCCCAGCGACGUGAGGAACAGGGCAAGGGCGUCUGGUUUUGAUCUCGGCGAUCGUUAG